GUGAAGUUUCCCCCAUUUCCAGUGGCCACCGUUGUCUGAGGCUGGUUCGGAGCAGCGCUGGGGUUGCCCUGACAUUUCUGGGACAGCGGCCAGCCAAGAAGAAUUGUUUUACAAUUUGCUUUUGUCAAAGUGUGGAGAAAGGGGAAAGGGAAGCGUCCUUUUUUUUUUCAGCAUCACAUUCCUGUGUUUUUCUUCAGCCUGGAAAAUAUAUUAGUGCUGGUGCUUUCCUCUCUGGAAACAAAGGAGCUAAACGGGACUGAAGAAGAAAGGAGUGGGAAGAAGGUUUGGGAAGUUUAAAAGAGAGGGACUUGGAGCAACCAGAAGUUCCCUUUUCUUCAAUGAAAUCCCUGCCUCUGUGGGUAACCGGUACAGCAAAAAUCCAGACCUGCAGGUUAAUGGAGAAGCAGAGAUCACAAAAGAAAUUUCCGCUAACCUCAUCCCGCCUGUCAAGAAGGUGAAGAAGAAAGUCAAAAGACACACAACAGGCUCUGCGACCUGUUGGGCUGUGCAAAGAUAAAUCACUGAAUUUAUCACAGUAAAGCUGUAUGGCAUUGGUCUCCUUUUAAAGGAAAAAGACGUGAGAACUCGUCUCUGGCAGGGGAACUUCCCUGAGAGUAUUGCGCAAUGAACUGGAGGCCAGCUCUCAGCUUAGCCCUGCUGUGGGCAGCAUGGUUAGUGUGUGGCUCUGAGAAGACAGAGAGGCUAGUGGAAAGGGGGAGCCAUGGAGUUAGGAAAGUGCCCCUGCCUUACAGGGCUUCAAGCAGCCUCCUGAGAAGGUCUGGAGCAUCCCUGAAGAAUUCAAGCCCAAAUCCUCAACACCCUGUUACCAAGAGGGAUUCUUCAGCACCUCCAAAGCCACCCACCAAUCUCCUGCAAGGGGAAGCACGUUCCCAGGCCAGGGGCACAGGGACCAGAAUGAGAUUGGUACAGAGACUCACAGCUGCAGCCAAAUACCCCAAGUCUGAGAUGAUUAAGGAUGAAGGGAUAUCCUCUGCCACCCAGUCACGAGGGGUACGUUUCCCUUCAGGGUCAAGUUCUCCCAAUAUCCUGGCCAGCUUUGCAGGGAAAAAUCGGGUGUGGGUCAUUUCUGCCCCCCAUGCCUCCGAGGGCUACUACCGGCUCAUGAUGAGCCUGCUGAAAAAUGAUGUUUACUGUGAAUUGGCUGAGAGGCACAUACAGCAGAUUGUGUUAUUCCAUGAAGAAGGGGAAGAAGGAGGAAAAGUUAGAAGGAUAACCAAUGAAGGAAAAAUCCUGGAACAGCCACUAGAUCCUGCCCUCAUCCCUAAGCUCAUGAGCUUUCUGAAACUGGAGAAAGGGAAAUUUGGCAUGGUACUGUUGAAGAAAACCCUGCAAGUGGAGGAAAGGUAUCCUUAUCCAGUCAGGCUAGAGGCCAUGUAUGAAGUCAUUGAUCAGAACCCCAUCAGAAAAAUUGAGAAGAUGAGGCAGAAGGGUUUCAUCCAGACGUGCAAAGCAGCUGGGGUGGAGGGGCAAGUGGUUGAGGAAGGCAAUAAUGGGGGCACCAUGCAGCCUAUUCCUGGCAGUGAACAUGUGCAGGUGUCAGCAAGGAAGGAGGAUCCAAGGAAGAACAAUAAUCAGCUAACAAGGACCAAAACAGUGAGGAAACCAAUGACAACCACAGUGGCUACUCCUCUGCCUACAAUAAGGACCACUACCCUCCCUCCCACCACCACAACUACUCAUGCCACCACCCAUGCAGUGACAACAGCCAGCCGGUCUACAACAACAAUUACAUCCCUCCCCAGCACACAGAGGACCUGGACCAUGAAGUCACAUUCCACCACAGAGUACCACAGGCUGCCAGUAGCCCCUGAUUCCACCACGCCACAAGUCACAGCCUCUGAGGACUUCUACUCUCCUGUGUGGAAAACAAACCGCAGGGACCGGCAGCGUGGCCACCAAGAGAAACAACUGGCAGUCACACGGAAACCAAACAAGGCUGCCCGCUAUGACAGUUUCACAGAACUCUCAACACCUCCCUCAGUGCACUAUACAAAGGCAAACGUGGGUAGAUUUAAAGAUAACAGAACUGACAGAAAGGACUUUAACAACAGAGACCUGAAUGUCACACCUGGGCAACACAAACCAACUAAGACUAAACCACCAAAAAAGAAGACCCAAGAAAAGAUACUCAGUAAUGAGUAUGAAGAUAAAUAUGACCCGAGCAAGCCUGCUAGUUCCCAUUUAGAGGAACAGUUUGCAGUGGGAAAUAUUCCCCAAAAGAAAGGAAAAGAAUCAAAGAAGCAUGACCGAAUGGAUAAACCUGAGAAGAAGAAGAAGGACAGACCUGACAAGCAGCAGAAGAGUGAGAAGCAGUCCAAGAAGGUCAAAGCUGAAAAAAAGAGCAAGCAGGACAAAGACCGCAGUAAGAAGAAGAAAGGAAGCAGAACUGAGAAUGAGGAUUUUCCCAAGUCCAACAAGAAGACUUUCCUACAGCCUCCCAGGAAAUCAGCAACUAACCUCCUGGAAUAUUUUGAAGGCAAGAGGAGGCUCAUUCUGAUCACAACCCCCAAGGCAGACAACACCAUGUACGUACAGCAGCGAGACGAGUAUCUGGAGAGCUUCUGCAAGAUGGCAACCAGGAAGAUCUCAGUCAUCACAAUUUUUGGCACCAUGAACAGCAGCAGCAUGAAAAUUGACCACUUCCAGCUAGAUAAUGAAAAGCCCAUGAAAGUGAUAGAAGAUGAAGAUCUUGUGGACCAGCAGCUCAUCAGUGAGUUGAGGAAAGAGUAUGGGAUGACCUACAAUGAUUUCUUCAUGGUGCUGACAGACACUGACAUGAAGGUCAAGCAAUACUAUGAAGUACCCAUAGCAAUGAAGUCUGUGUUUGAUUUGAUUGACACGUUCCAGUCACGAAUUAAAGACAUGGAAAGACAGAAAAAAGAGGGCAUUGUCUGCAAAGAAGAUAAGAAGCAAUCCCUUGAGAGCUUCUUAUCCAGGUUCCGAUGGAGAAGGCGCCUGGUGGUGAUCUCUGCUCCCAGUGAUGAAGACUGGGCUUAUUCCCAGCAGCUUGCUGCUCUCAGUGGACAAGCCUGCAAUUUUGGUCUGCGCCACAUAACUAUCCUCAAAUUGCUGGGAGUUGGAGAAGACACUGGAGGUGUCUUAGAGUUGUAUCCAAUUAACGGAAGCUCAACUGUAGACCGAGAAGACAUCCCGGCUAAUUUAGUGAAAGACAUUCGGAAUUAUUUCCAAAUUAGCCCUGAAUAUUUCUCCAUGCUUCUAGUGGGGAAAGAUGGCAAUGUCAAAUCCUGGUAUCCUUCUCCCAUGUGGUCUAUGGCGAUUGUGUAUGACCUGAUUGAUUCCAUGCAGCUCCGGCGCCAGGAAAUGACAAUCCAGCAGUCGCUGGGCAUGCAGUGCCCCGAUGAUGAGUAUGGUGGGUAUGGCUACCACAGCUACCACCAGGGCUACCAGGAAGGUUACCAGGAUGACUACCGUCACCAUGGAAGUUACCACCAUGGAUAUCCGUACUGAACAGAGUGACUUAGCCUCUGGCUGCUCCCGUGUCUGUCUUCCAAUAGCUAUCCAAGCAAUAGGUGGCCAGUUGCAGAAAAUCUUCCGAGGCCACCUAGAUAUCCAUGCUGUUCUUCUGCUGUUCAAUCAAGGGACUUUGGUUAUUUGCCUUCUCAAAAAAUGCAGAAGCCUUUACAGUGAAGCAAUUCAAACCAGUAGCGUUGAAGCUUUAAACAACAAAGACUCCUUUAUACUUUUAAACCUUUAUAAACAAAGGUCAUCAGCAGGUGCUGUUUGUAUUAAAACCAAACAAAAGAAUUCCACAUGGGCACUAGAGUAGGGUAGGAAACCAAUUGUCCAACAAUGUGCUUUUUACUACUUUUUCUAAGGAGGAAAAAAAAAGUGUAUUUAUUGGAAAGUGAGAUUUCGUUAUGCUUAUGAAGAGAAACAAAAAAAUCACAUUUUGGGUCUCUCCCAGAAAAGAAAAAUUUAAGAAACAAGCAUGGGGCAUGCUCUUUAAUAAUAACAACAACAGUAAUAAAAUCUUUUUGAAACACCAUGUUUAAAAAGACAGCAUCCCUUCUACAUUACCAUUGUAAUUAGCUGACUUUAUGAAUGAAAACAAGACUUAUGGCUAUGGCAGAACUUGUUCCAAUACAAUACAAUGUAAAGUUCUUAACUACAAAGCUUACUGCAUGGCUAUUUAUUCUUGCAGUAGGGAUCCCUGUUCUUUUAGGUCCUGCCCACCUCACUGCUAAAUCCAAGUUAAUGAGAGCUAAGUGGACACACUAACCAGGGUUAGCACUGUCUGAAAUACAGAAAUCUGAAAAGCAUUAUUUUCAUCAGAAAAAAAAAUCUCAUUCAAGUAUAUUUUCCAUGAGUUGUAACUAGCUCUCUAUAAUAAUGCUUUUAAUUAAACUGUUACUCUAAAUUUGAAAUUUUCUUUUACCUUUUCUGCUCAUACCCUUGCCUAUAAAAGUGAUCUGGAUUAAAUGUUUAUAAAAGUAUUUGAGAUUAAUUUAAUCUGCUAAACCAUCUCUAUUUCUGCCACACGUUUAGAAAUGGUUUUUUUCUCCCUUCUCAUUGAUUGUCUUUGGGCAUUGGAGCUGUAGCACCACUCUACCCUGCUGAAACCAGUGUCAGGAACUGCUUGCAUAGCCAUGGUUUCAACCAUGCAUAGUCAUGGUUUCUAGUCAUUUGGGUUAGAUUUCUAAACAUUAAGAUGCAGCAGAAAGAUUAUAGAAUAUCUUUAAGUGAAGAUACUAUGUCAGCCUUUAUAAUGAGAUAUUGGUCACUUCUGAUGUCAAAGGUAUGCCUGAUCAAUCACAUUUCUUUUUAUAAUCCAUGUUGUGUGUGCACAUCACAUAUAGAUGCACACAACAGGGCACUUGUACUGGGUAUUGCCAUCACAGAAGUAGCACAGGAAUAGGGAGAAGCUACAGCUCUAAGCUGACCAGAGCAUGCUCUGUAUUUUGACUUCUGCCAUUUUCCUGAUUACUUUUUUUCCCAGAUGAAAACAAAACUGGAUAAAGCAACAAGUUCACUCAAAACCAGAUACUUUCUUUAGAAACUUAAGUCACAAAGGGUCAAACAUCACUUGCCCUUCUGAAUGUCAGAAGGCCCAACAAAUGGCCACAAGGCCUUAGCUUUAUAAACCUGGUCACUCUCUGGGGCAGGCUGCCCUCCCUAUCACAAGAUCUAGUCAGUGCUGGGUACAGCUCCUGACUAACCUUUCUCAGGUGACUGGAACUAACUGGGAGAAGACAUUUAACAGUAUUAUUUUGAGAGAGUGCUGCCUGCAGAGAGCUUCUGAGCUCUCAGUAGCACAAUAGCACUUCCACAGCUGAAAGCAGUGGACAGAGAAAUUCAAAAAACUGAAAGAAUUACAAGAUGGAAGGGUUUCUAGAAGAAAAUGAAAUGUCCUUUAGCUCACUUUUAGAAAACAAAAGCUCAUUGCAUUUCUGUAUCAAGGUCUGCUGCCUAACUUUCCUUGCCUAAAGCAAAAGCAGAGGAAAGUAUACCAGAUGCCUAACAGGCACCUCCUGUAGAUGGAAAGAAACAUGCCCUUGGAGCAUUUUCUUUCAGGGGUUCAUUUAAACUUUCCUGUAAUCUUGCUUUCAUGUAAAGUCUUUAAAUGAAAGCCCUUUUAACUCACUCACACUACAAAUCACAUAAAUUAAAUGUCCUGUGCUGCAAGGGUUAACUUAAAUUAAAAAGAGCACAGCACCU